ACAAAAACAGAGCCGGUGAAGUCGAGCAUACAUAAUAUACAGUAAUGCAUUUAUAUAAAGUCAGCGAUGGAAUUAUAUCAGUAUGAAGAACGAGGCCUUCAUCGCGUCGAACAAUUCGCUUAACGAAGGGAUCGAUUUGGCUGGAGCAGGGCAAGAAAAGAAAAAGAAGAAAUCGAAAACUUGGAGUGUUGUAGUGAAAAAAGCUGCAUCACUGGAGAUGAACGAGUUAACAAGUCAUUAUAGGACGGCCAUCUCCGAUGUACACGAAGCAGUUCGAGAAGGAACUCUAGAUGUAGUCGACCAAGUCAUCGCUAGAGCGAAAAAGGCUAAAAAUCUGAAUGAUCUUGACGAUACGGGUCUCUCUGGGCUUCAUCAUGCUGUAAGAUACAACAGAUGCGAAGCUGUUGCAAAGUUGCUAGAUCACGGGGCCCAGGUUAAUAUAAGAUCAAGAGACGAAAGUAACACACCUCUUCACAUCUCAUCCAGAUUUGGUUGGCGUGAAACAACCAAGCUUCUCCUUGAUCACGGCGCUAACCCUAAUGCAAAGAACAACAAUGGCUGCACCCCUCUUCACUUUGCCUGUCGACGAGGCAACAAAGAGCUAGUUCUAUUAUUGUUAGAUAAUCACAGUAUUCAAAUCAAUGCUGUAGACAAGUCGUUACUCACCCCGCUUCAUGUGGCGGGUAUCCAUGGUGAUGCUGAGUUAUGUAAGAUGUUGUUGGAUAGAGGUGCUGACUAUAUGGCACAAGCUGUUGACAAGACGACCCCCUUGCAUGUUGCAGUUGCCAAUGGAAACCACAAAGCUUCCAAGGUUAUUUUAGAUCAAGCAAUCGCCAUGUCAGCAAAUAUGGCUGACAUCGUAAAUGCCCGAGACAUUGACAGYAACACUAUUCUACAUCUGGCUGCUCUCACCAACAACAAAGAAAUUGCUGAAGAAAUCCUGAAAUACCAACCAAGCGUGAACUUGACCAAGACUGACUUUGCUACCCCACUACAUUUAGCCUGCACUAAGGGCCAUCUUGAAAUGGUAAAGUUGUUCAUCUUGAAAGGAGCUGAUAUUCAGUAUUCGAGAACAUUCGAUGGCCGAACCGCCUUGCACAAAGCAGCGUCGUUUGGUCACCUGGACAUCAUCAAUUUCUUAUUGGACGAGGGAGCCAAGGUUGAUGCACGUGACUACACCAACAGGACUCCCUUCCUAGAAGCAGUGGCAAACGGCCAAUCAGGAAGCGCUGUUCUCUUACUGUCACGUGGCGCUGAAAUCACCGCUUAUGACAACCAGGUUAAGAACUGCCUUCAUCUUGCUAUUGAAAAUGAAAACCAAGAUACUUUGAUGGUGUUACUGGACACUGAUGGUUGUCUGGAAAACUUGUACAGCCCGGAUAUUCGUGAAAGAGUUCCUUUGCAUUAUGCCGCCGUGUGCUCUAACAUCAAGGUUCUUCAAGUUCUCCUCAAGAAACAAACUCGUUUUAUUUUCCAAGACGAAAACCAGCAGACCCCAAUGUACCUUGCGGCCGAAGCUGGUAGAGCAGACCACGUGGAGGCACUGGGACGAGCGGGUUCGUCUAUUAACGACCGUGAUGAUGAAGGGCGUUCAGCGCUGCAUGUUGCAGCGGCAAAAGGACACAGAAAAGUCUGCGAAAAGCUGAUCAAACGUGGUGCUGAUGUCAACUGUCGUGACAACCUACGCUCUACGCCUCUCAUGGCUGCUGCUAGAAAUGGAGGAAUCAAGACUUGUGAAACUUUGCUAGAAAACGAAGCCGAGAUUGAUAAUGUUAACACCAGUGAAGAUACAGCGUUAUUAGAAGCAGUACGAUACAAUCACGUGGCUGUUGUGGAACUUCUCUUGGAUUGUGGUGCUUCGGUUACAGUUCGGAACAACACGAACCUGGGAUUGAUUGAUACAGCAGUCAAGUAUGGAUCUUCUGAUGUCGUUAUGGCAAUAUGUCGACAUCAAAGAUGGAAAGAAAUACUGAACAUUAAAGCAGGUGUGAAUGGCCAGCCACCCAUGAAGCUAUUGAUUGCGCAUUUUCCAGAUGCGGCCAAACUGAUAAUGGACAAAUGUGUACAGCCGGCUGAAAACAUGAGCCCCUCUCACUUUGACUACACCAUCACUUAUGAUUUCCAAUUGCUGGACCCUGGCCCUGAUGAUCCGGCUUUUAUACGCGGUAAACGGUACUUUGGACCCGAGAUCAUGGUGCAGAACAACCAAGAAAACCUCCUUCUACAUCCUCUAACACAAAAACUGUUGGAGAAGAAGUGGUCCGCUUUGGGAAAAACCGUUUAUUUUCUCAGUUUUUAUACUUUUCUGGCAUUUACCAUAUUGUACACUGUAUUCUUGGUAGAAGAAAGACGGUAUGCCUCGUUUCGUCCCCUGGCUGCCACCAACACGUCUCAGGCUUCUUCGAUAUUCAGGAAGAGCAGUUUGGGCGGAUCUGUACCUUUUGUUAUCUUGGUUUUUGCUGUUGCUCAAAUGGCAAAGGAAUUUUUACAGAUCUUUUUGCAGAGAAAAAUGUAUUUUACUCAGGCAACCAACGCAUUGGAGUGGGCCCUAUAUGGAAGUACUGUUGUUUUUAUGAUUCCCUAUGUGGCAUCAGACAGUUGGGUAGAUAUAAACUACGGGAGAUUCAAAGACCCCUACAUCAUGUGGAUCAUUGCUGUCGUCUCUAUCUUUCUUUGUUACGUCAACUUUGUGCUGUUUCUUCGUCGUUUCGCGACCCUUGGGCUGUACAUUAGCAUGCACAUGGAGGUUAUUUGGACUGUCACUAAGGCUGCAUUUCAGACACUUGGCCAUGCUUUUGUUAAAGUAAUCAUCAUGAUGGUUGGAGAAAUCGAAUACGUUGACACCUUUAUAUCAACUAUUGGAAGCAACAACGCCCAAACCAACAAUCCCGAGAAUCCAUUCCCUGAAGCAGCAUUUGUGUUUGUAUUUCUCUUUGUUUUUAUCAUGGGGAUAUCGCUGAUGAAUCUGUUGGUCGGUUUAGCUGUUGGAGACAUCGAUAAGAUCCAACGCGAAGCAACUCUCAAGAGACAAGCCAUGCAAGUAGAAUUUGUGUCCCAAAUUGAAGACAAAUACCCCAGAUUUAUUUCCAGGAUGAUAUACACACAAGUUCUUGUUGUAAGACCUAAUCAGCCCAGUUUGAUGACAAGACUUAGAAGAAGAAUUUUGGGAUACAAAGAUUCUUCAUUGGAAUACACUUCCUAUUGCGAAACAUACGACAGUUACAAAGGACUCUGCAAAAAAGUAGACAAGACCAAAAAACGCGUCAAGUAUCUUAUCAAUUCCAUGGAAGCCCAAAACCGGCUUCUUAAAGCCUUGGCAAGAAAAAUAGAUCCUUCAAUGAAUAUAGAAUCCUUCUAUGAAGAUGACUGGAUCACACCGGAGACGAUGCCAGAGAACGUUGACGAUCAGCAAGAAUUUAACUUCGCUGCCUUGGACGAGUCCAAAGAAAGCAAAGAAGUGGAUUCGUCCGGCAUUGAUGUGGCUUUUUAGCGGAAUGGUGAUCGAUGCAUACGGUCGCCUAAACUGAGGCCCAAUAGUACCUUCACAGUUUUCUGCGCCAUCUCGAAAGGUAACCGUGCUUGUGAAUCGACGCGAAGACAGCGUUAACCGUGUAAUGAUAGAAAGGGACCUGUUAAUAAUUUUCCCAGGUGUUAAAAAAGGUCUCUGUCAUUGCAAGGCCACCGUUCCAACUUCGAUACACAGGCAACGUUACCUUUCAAGAUGGCACAAAGUUAAGGGGACUAUUAGUGAAAAUCUGAAUAUCUCGUAUCCUCAAUUGGAUAUUUUAUUUUUAUCCCUAUGCAUUCAUCCUUUCAAGCGGUAUCCAUAUCCCUCUUACCUUUGGCUCAAAUAACUCGUGGUUUCGGAAAAUCCCAUAUUCCCAUAGUCUCAAAUGUGGACCUCUAUUUAUUUCACGUAAAUUUGAUAAGCAACCCUUAAGACCACGGGCUCAAAUUUGAUGCUAUUAUUUAAUCUUCACUACGACAAUCCAAUAUUUAUUAAGAGAGAAAUAUUUUCGUAUUCAAGCGGUGAGCGCCAAAAACUAUUUUCUCUUGAAGAAAGGCUGUUGUACAAGGCUAAAAUCUUGUUAUUCAGAAAGAUUAACUUGCUUGGAAGUGGAGAUGACCGAUGAAAGU